GUAGUGAGGCCGGUGGGUUUGCGCUAACGACUGUAUCCCGUGACUCUGGGAGUGGCGAAAGUGCCGGCGCGAAUGAGUGCCCCGGGAGCGGGGAGCUGGCGCGGAGAGGAAGCAGCUGCCGCGGGUGCCGGCGCUGCCAGGCCAGGAUUUGAUCCUGUGAUGGAGGAAGAAAUGGAGUGACCCGGGAAACUGAAGCUGGUUGGAUAUCCAUGAGUCACGAAUAAGGGCAGUUGCGGGUUUUGUGACCAACACCUCUUUGAUUAUGGUGUGACUAGUUUCAGCAGUGAACUAAAGUACCCCGUUGGCUAGGGUCUGUGACUGGACUUGUGAAUGGACAUUUGACCACGUAAAUGAGAGCCAGGAUAGCUUCCUAGUGGGGAUGUGGAGCCUGUAUUUCUCAUCAGUGCUUACCUUUCAAGGCACCAUUGAUUCUUAUUUUUAUAAAUCAAAUCCUGGAACAUUAAAAAAAAAAAACUUGAAUGAAAUAGUGUCACAAUGUAAAAAACGAAACAAAAAAAACCAAAAAAUUACAAAUCUCACCCUUUGUUUCAAUUAAUUUUAUUGUGUUAUAAAUGGAACAGCAAGUCUGCAUAGGUGCUGAUUGUGUUGUGUUCCAAUAUCAUCAUCACCAAAGUUUCAGUCCUGACCAAGUUAGUUCGAUUUUGGUUACGUUUUUUCCUAUUAAAAAAACUGUGACAAGAAAUGGACUCUGAAUUUACUAAACACUAAUGUUGGACUCAUAAAUACCAUUUUGCCAUGUUAGAAGACACAUUUUGGGAAGAAGACAUCUGGGAAUAUAAAUCUAAAAGAAAACCCAAACCAGUGCAUCCAAAUAUUUCAGAAUCUGUUGAAAAAGCAACAGAUGGAAAAUACCAGACAAAACGAAAAGGAAACAAAAAAAGAACCAAAGAAGAUAAAGGCACACCGAAAGACCACAAAGUGUGCCUUGGGGAAACAAACAGUCAGAUUUCUGUAGGAUCCAGUCAGAAUUCUAGUUGCAGAGAUGAGAUUCAACAGUCUCAAAGCAAAGAUACUACUCCAAGAAAGCACCGUAGAGCUCACAGAAGCAAACAGUUGUCCCCAAGAGUACGCCCAGUUUAUGAAGGAUACUGCCCAAGCUGCCAGGUGCCUUUUUCCUCAUUGCUUGGUCAGACACCCCGAUGGCAUGUUUUUGAGUGUUUGGAUUCUCCCCCAGUCUCCAACAUAGAGUGUCCUGAGGGUCUUCUAUGUUCCUCUACAAUUCCUUCUCAUUAUAAGAAAUACACACAUCUCCUGCUUGCUCAGGGUAGAGCUAGCAAGGAGCCUGUCCACAGCCCAUCCCACGUGCCAGCUGCACGUCUCACUGCAGCAAAGCCAGACUCUUGUGACCUUGAGGAGAGACUGCCUGUGCAUCUGAGAACUGAGAACUUAAGGAAGGUUUUAGAUGAUUCUCUGUCUAUGGUACAGUGCCUAAGAACAUCUCAGCCUCCAGCUGAAACCAACAAAAAGAUUUCCUCUUCUGCAUGUUCUCAGAUGUCAGUAGUUACAGAAUGUGCAGAGUUUGUUAAGAAAGACAAGCUGUGGGAGGAUGGCUUGCCUCCUGUGGAGGACACUUUAAAGAGUCAAAGCAACUCACAGGGUCCAAGUUUGCCGGAAAGUGACUAUGAGAUCUCGUACUCUCCGCUGCAGAGUGACGAAGAGACUCACGAUAAAGACACAGAGCUGGAUGACUCACAGCAGGAGCUGUUCUUUACACAGAGCUCUGAAGACAGCAGCCUAGAGAAUGGUUCUGCCAUAUUUGAGCAGCUUCACCAUUCCUUCCCAAAGGAGCCAGAGGGAGUCUGCCCCUCAGUGGAGAGCCUGUGGACUCAGGCUGAGUUCAGGGGAUCGGGUAAAGGCCGUGCUCUCAAUGAUUCCUUCCAGCUUAUCUCCCAGACCCAGGGCAGGCUUGCCCAAGAUGACGGAGCACACACAGGCUCUGGCUUUCUCUUGUUUUCACAUGCUUUGGCAGUGGGACGUGCUGCUUCUAAUUGUCAGACCACUAAGGCAAGACCUGAAGAGCCAGAAUUUCACUCACUUGGAUCAAGUCAUCAGAAACAGAAAAUCGAAACAUCAGCUGUUGGCAAUCAAAUUUCCCUGCCGUUACUUACAAGCACCAUGGCAAAACCACUUGAGAAGGAGGAAGGCGAAUGUCGGUCUGUGAACCCAACCCAAAGUCAAAGUAAAGGAUCACAGCGUAAGGGCAUGGAUGCUGCGGGUGCUAACUCGACGUGUGCCUGCAGAAAGGUAGAGAAGUGUUCAAGCACGCCUCUUGCCAAGUCCGUGAGCUCAUCACCUGUCAGUCCUAGCUACAAUGCAAGCCAACCUGCUAAGAAAGUAAUGAGGCAAAUGGAUAUAGGUGUGUUUUUUGGACUACCACCCAAAAGACAAGAAGAGACGUCGCCAAGGAAAAGUGCUUUAGAAAGGCCAAAUGUGAGUCCCAUUGUGAGUCCUAAAGAAAAGAGGCCACGGUUGGGAAAGAGGAAAGCCGAGAACUCUGUAAGUGACUUAGAAUUUGAUGCAAGGAAUUUAAAUGAGAGUCUGUGCCCUACGGAACUGUCUGGAGAGACAGCUCAGCAUCGAAGAAAGAGACCUAGAAAGUCAAGUUCACUGCGGGAAGGAAUGUAUCAGAGGUCAGGUCCCCUUCUUACCAGUCCAGAGAUGGGGACAGCCAGCUUAAGUAGAGGCAAAGCCUCUGUGCGAUGGACUCAUGGCAGGCCACAGAGAGGGAAUGUGGCCAUUUCAGAGUCGGCUGGCACGGGGAAAUUGCAAAGAUCAUGUCCAUUCUAUAAGAGAAUCCCUGGGACUGGCUUUACCGUGGAUGCUUUUCAGUACGGCGAGGUUGAAGGCUGCACUGCCUAUUUCCUCACACAUUUCCAUUCUGAUCACUAUGCUGGGCUGUCGAAGGACUUCACAAUGCCAGUUUAUUGUAGUGAGAUAACUGGCAAUUUGUUGAAGAAGAAGCUUCAUGUGCAAGCCCAAUACGUCCAUCAGUUGCCAAUGGACACUGAAUGUAUAGUGGAUGGUGUCAAAGUUGUUUUGCUGGACGCCAAUCACUGUCCAGGUGCUACCAUGAUCCUCUUCCAGCUUGCUAAUGGUGCCGUCCUGCUGCACACUGGAGACUUUCGGGCAGACCCCAGCAUGGAGCGCUCUGUUCUUGCGGGCCGUAAAGUCCACACGCUGUACUUAGACACCACAUACUGCAGCCCAGAAUACACUUUCCCGUCUCAGCAGGAGGUUAUCCAGUUUGCCAUCAACACUGCCUUUGAGGCCGUAACCCUAAACCCGCGUGCUCUUGUCGUCUGUGGCACUUACUGUAUCGGAAAGGAGAAAGUUUUCCUCGCCAUUGCUGAUGUUUUGGGUUCAAAAGUGGGCAUGUCCCAAGAAAAAUAUAAAACUUUACAGUGCCUCAAUAUACCAGAAAUCAGCUCCCUCAUAACUACAGACAUGUGCAAUUCUUCGGUCCACCUCCUCCCAAUGACACAAGUUAAUUUUAAGACUAAAAGUGCUGAAUUGUGUGAUUUUAACACUGCCUCGAAGUCAAGAGAAAAGAACAAACAAUGAACAAGAAAAGGAGAAUAAAGAAGUGGAGUCCAGAAGCCAAGCCCAGGCUGUUAAGAGGCAGCCAUAGCACAUGGAGCCAGAGCUCCUUAGGGAAGUGACUGUUUUAGCUGUGGGUGGGGCAAGGGAGAAACUGGUGGCACUGAGGUAAGGCAGUAAUUGGUGAAGUCAAGCUUCUCAGCAGCCUUCCUCAGAAAGAGGAGUCAAUGCUCCUGAAGAGCCAAUAGCUUCACAGACUGUUGUCUGGUCCUCGUGGCCUUCUUUUAGAUUGUAUUUUUAUCCUUCCAGACCUAAACAGAAAUAAAUCUUGAGGCAACUGCAAACUCAAGUACAGUUUUUAUGCAGGAACUCAAACUGGCUUUAAGAUUUGGAAGCCUUUAUUCUGAGCACGAUUUAGGCUGGUGUCCUUGAAGAGGGAGGGACUUGGUACCAUUGUCAGGAUUUUAAUAUUCACUAAGGGUAUUUCACCACUUCUGGAAGUUUAUAUUAAAAAUCACUCCUUUCUGAAAAGGCAGUGUUUUUAGGGCUCCCAGAUGAUGAGUGUGUAGCAAAGUUAAGAAUGGUCAGACACAUCUGAGAGAUGAGGCUGUGAGGCUCCAGAAAGUCAGCCAUGCCCUCUUUGCUCGCCCAUGCCGGGUGUAGAACUAGAGCAGGUAUCCCCUGGUUCUGCCUUUAGGACUCCGCCGUUCUCCCUGAAAGUGAGCAGAGAGUGACAUUUGAAGCACCUUGCCUAAUAAACACAGGAGAAGAAUCUGGUGGUUAUUGGAAUGCUGUGUGGUGAUGAUCAUGGCCAAAUGUACUGGCCCCAAGCAUCUGACACAACAGACAUAAUGGCUUCUGUUAAAAUAUAAACCUAAUUGUUUUCAGGGUGUUCAGGGCAUCCUCAGAAAGCUUUGGAAUGUGGCCUCAGUAAAGUGCUUGCUGUACAAGGACUUGAGUUCUAUCUCUAGACCCAUGGUAAAAGCAAACAAAACAACUGGACAUAGGGUGUGCUUUGCAGUGCAGCACUGGGAAGUAGAGGCAGCUGAAUCUCUGGGGCUCCCUGCCAAGUGGCUUAGGACACUUGGCAAGCUUCAGGUAGUGAGACAACCUGUCUUAAAGGUAGGUGGGUCCCAGUGAACUACACACAGGCUGCCCUCUGACCACCACAAGUGUGUACACAUACAUACCUGACCAUAUGCAUGACUCACACUCAGGCUCCUGUACUCUCAUAUCUAAGAAUGAAGGCCGAAAUGCUGCCGGUGAUACUUGCUUCCUCCUCUCUGACUCAUCCUGAGGUCUUAGAGAUGUUAUCUGGCCGACCACCACCUCUGGUUCAACGCUUAUUAACUAGGUGUGGUAAAACAAUACAGAGAGGCUAUGGGGCUGUUGGCAUUCUGAAGGAAACUUUAGUGACAUUGCCAAGGCAUUUUUCUCCCAAACUGGUUACUAAUAAACAGAGAGAGACAGUCAUAAAUCAGGGAUUUUGUGUUGACUGAAUUGUUUGUAAUAACUUUCCUCAUGAGAGCAGUCCUGCAGUGUGGUUAAUGUACAGUGGGCUUCUGGCAGCCUUCUCUGUAGACUUCGCUCCUGUAACUGUGGGUUUCUAUUUGUAGCACUGGUUUCUCUCAUGAGCUAUUUUUAGAAUAACCAAUUUGUCUCAUAGGAACCAAAAAUUGGUUUCCAUUUAAUUCUUUCAGGUAGUUUUGAAGGAACAAAUAAAAAUAGAUAAAUUGGUGAUAAAUACUGCACACUAGACCCCAGUUUAUGGGAGUAGAGUAUAGUUAAUGUGUAUUACUACCCACUGGCUCUGUUCAGUUACUUCCUUUCUGGCUGAGAGUAAAGUGAGGAAACAUAGUAAUUAAACAAGUAACCAAAACAAAAACUUGAAAACUACAGUGCAGGGAUGGUGUGAUGGAAACACUGUUAUAACUCCAGCUCUUAAUAGCAAGUUUAGGAGUUGACUAGAAAUACCGUCUUUUCAUGAUAGGUAUUUUUAUAUUUGUUUCAAAUUAAUAGAAGGGUUUUGGUUGGUUCAAAAGGAGGUCAAGGAGGACUGCGCUCAAGUCUCUAGCACCCUGUACAAAGCUGGGCACAGGUGCAAGUGCUUACAGCCCCAGAGCUGUGGGAGCAAAGAUCGAAGGGUAGCUGGGUUACUGGCCACCAGCCUGCUGCAGGUCUGAUGAUUCACUCUGACUCAAGGGAACAAGGCAGAGCACAAUAGAGCAAGAUACCCAUGUCCUCUAUACAUGUGUGUAUACACACCCCACCCCCCACACACGAAAA